CAUUUGACUACACUCAAAUUUGCGUUCAUUUUUCUUCAUUUCUAUUCCUAGUUUUUUUGUGCAUGCUAAAAAUUAUUUGGGAAAAUUUGUGAACAAAAAAAGUGUGUUACCAAUACGUUUAACAUUAUGCACAUUGUAAGUGAACAAACAACUCUAUAAUUAGCACUGUAAGUAAGAAAUUAACAACAAAUCGCUUUUCGUGGAGCGUGCGAAACGACGUCGACGUUUUGUUGUGGCAAAAAAAGAAAGAAAAAAAAAAUAUAAAGGAAAAGAACGAGCCGCUACUGUGAAAUUGUGCAUGUAUAUGUGAACGUGCGUGUUUUGUGUGCGUGUGUGUGUGCGUGUGCGUAUGCGUGCAUAUUUGUCUUAUUUCUUCUCGUGUCAAAACCAGUGCAUACAAUACACAAAUAACUUGAUUGACAGUGUGACCAAAACGAGGGAAACACUGCCGAAGUGCUGACCAGAUUUGUCCAAAUAUGAGCUACCUAACGGGCGAGCCGGUACCGCCCGGCUUUGAGGAUGAAAUGGCGCGCACUGCGAUUAUACAAAAGCAAAUAGACAGCUUUAAAGGCGGCUCCCUAAUUGGCACCGAAUACGUUGUGGAACUGCACGAGGAUGGCCAGGUGCGUCCCGAUUAUUUUUGUGUGCUGUGCAAUACGUGCAACGAUAGCCACUCCAUAUUUACGCACUGGACAUCGGUGACCCAUCGCUCCAACUAUUUGAAGACGCACUUUCAGAAGGCGUUCGAAGUGCUCCAGCAAUUGCGUCGCUCGUCAAGCAACUCCAACGAGCUGGUGCUGAAUGCCACCACAAAGCUGGUGCAGCUCAUUGAGCAGCAUUAUGGCCGCAGCAUGCAGGUGCUGGCCGUUGCUGGCGAUGAUUUUCGUCGCUUUCGUGCUAAAAUCUGUUCACAGGUGCGCGAUAAGUUUCAUUUUGAUGAAUGUGCCGGUCCCGAUUUUCUAGACGAGCUGCGUCAAACGAUACAGUCCCUAAAGCCUGCAGAGUCCAUUAAAGGAUCGCGCAACACAGAGAACAUACCAAUUGCACUGGAUGCCAUUUCCAGUGAGGAUGAUGAGAACUUUACGGCCACAGCCGGCCAUCAGACGCCGCAGCAAUUGUCAAAAAAGGCAGCACGCAAAAAGCAGGCGGAACAGCAGCCGGCAUAUCGUGCCGCCAAUCGUUCACCACCCGCUGGCAGCUCCGAUAAACCAGCCACAGUUGUUGCCAAGAUUGUAACACCCGUACAGCUGCCGACGCCCAAGGAGCUAUCGCUGCAAGCAUCACACAUUGCCCAGGAGCGUUACAAGUGGGAGAAGUUUCGGUGUCUGUUGGAGCUGCAGCUGAAGCAGCUGCGCGACGAGACCGAAACAUAUGAAUCGAAUCCGGAGAAGCAUCCCGAUUAUUCCGAAGAAUGGAAACUGUUUUGGAAUCGACGCUACAAGCAGCUGCAGGAGGAGAAGAAAUGCGAUCCGAAUAGCUAUGACUACAAGCCCGAAUGGAUCACCUACUGGAAGGACAGGCGUGUCGAGCUCUUCAACAUAUCCGUGAACAAGAUCAAAAAGGAGCUCAAGGACAAGUUUAAGCUUGGCGACGAGGACGAGGAAAACACCAAGGAACUAAUGGAGCGCUACAAAAUACGCGUCAACAGCCCCAAAAAUACUGCCGCCCCGGCUGCAGCCUCUGCUGCUGCCACCGCCAAUGCUGUGCGUCGCAAGCCCAACUAUCGUGGCGCCAACAAUCGUAACGGCAAUGGUGGCUCCCUAGCCAGCGAUGCUGUCAUCGAUAUUAGCGAUGACGAUCAGCAGGCACCUGCUGCGCCAUCGGCACGCCCCAAUCGCCGUUCAGCCUAUCCGCGCUCUGUGUCGCGCUCGUUGUCGCCCAAACGUGGACGGCCACCGCCGCCCCGGAUGGGUCGGCGUUCGCGCACUCGCUCGCCGGUUGUCUCAAGGCGCCGGCCGCGAUCUCGGUCCAGAUCUCGCUCGCCGCACCGGCGUUCACGGUCACCCUACAGCCGGGGUCGGGAUAGAUCGCUGCAUUCGCGCGGCCACGAUGAUUACGCGGAUAGGGGCCGUGAAAGAAGCGGCGAUUAUUACAGGGAGAGGGGCGACAGUUAUUCGCGCACAUCGCGCACCUAUGAACCGAUGGAGACGUUCCGUGUAUUGGAUUCGCGCGUCUAUCCGGAGUACAGUCAGCCCAGACAGCGUUCCACAUCGCCGACGGGCACAUCAAUGUCCGCUGCUAACAAGGAACUGGACUCAAUUGAGGAGCCCGAGGGUCCACUGACCGUGGUCAGUGUGCUGCGCAUGCUGUCCGCCCUGGAGGAUCAGUUGGGCAGUCUCGGCCCCAAGGCGCUCAAUUUGCUCAGCAAGGCGCUGGCCAUGGAGAAGAUCAAACCGAAUGCCGCCGAUGAUUUGCUAUUGAACGAGGACAAUUGCGUCUUCAUGGAGACCACCAAGGAGAAGCUAAAGGGUAUACUCAUUGCCGAAGUGCUCGAUGAUCCACAAAAAGUGCGCGUUGUGAAAAAGUUAAUCAGCAAUAUAGCGACCAUCAUCUUCCAGGUGACCUCCAAAGGUGCUAAGGAGACGACGCAACAGGAGCCAAAGCACACGGACUUGGUCAAGAAGAAGGAAUACCAGCUGCCGUUCGAUAGACAGCUCGUUUCCUCGAAACUGGCUGGCGCUUUGGUUAUGAAUGGCCUGGACAAUUUGAGCACCGAUGAUAUGAACAAGCUGCUGCACUUUUAUACGCUGCUGGUGAAGACGAAUCAUGUGCGUCGCCAGAGCGAUCGGAACAGCUGUCUAAACUUUGCCGAGGUGCCGAGCCGAAUGGGCGUGGCGGCCAGCACAAGCAACGAGGAUGAUGGCGGUGUCCUGGACAUUGAUAUCUGUGAGCUCAUGAAGGAGGUGGAACAUCAGCUGGCCAAGGAGGCUGGCAAUUGUGAGCUGACGCCCAAAUCGAAUUCCAAUGAUACUGGCAACAGCAUGGAAUCCCUGACCGAUUCCGAUCUGCAGACGCUGUUGCAGAACUUUAAGUUUUUGUCCAACGAGGAGCAGGUGCAUCUAAUUGGCCAUUUGCGCAAACUGGAGAAACUGGAGCCGCCGCGCGUUGAGCGUUUGCGCAAAUAUGUUAACAUUGCGGAGCUAAGCAGCGACGGUGAAUCCUGCAGCGAUUAUCUGUCACGUGUCGUCGCCAUCGGUCGGCCCGGCCAAAAUGAACGCAGCGCCGCCAGCAGCAACACACGCAUCUCAUACUCAACGAACGCCGCGGCCGAACUCGUCUCGGCCAUGCGCCGCACGAGCGUGGAUCGGGAUAUGCCCACUGCGGCCAAGCAGCCGCGACGUGGCAUUGGGUCGCGCAUAUCACCCAACUUUAUGCUGGAUGACGAUGACGAUGAUGAUUACAAUUUCGAUGAUCUGGUGAUGAAGGCGAACGAUUCCAAUGGCAAGAAAAACACAACGAUGCCCAAUGUUGUGGCAACCACAAUGUCGCCCAAUGCGCUGACCUUUAAGCCGGCGGCGUCAAAGAUCUCACUUAAGGAUACUGAAAACAUAAUAGCCAAUCUAAUGGGCACGCUGACCAACAACAGCAAUCAGGCAAGCAGCGCGGCCAAGGCCCAGCAGCAACAACAACAGCAGCAGCAACAGAUGCGAAAUAUGCCCAACAUGUCCAACCUUGCACAACAGCGUCCACAACAACAACAACCGCAGCAGCAGCAGCAGCAGCAGGGGCCGCCGCAAUCACAAUAUGGACCUAACAAUGGAACCGGCAGCUACUAUAACUAUGGCGGCGAUCAGCUGUCCAGCGGUCCCAGCAACUAUCCAAGCAUGCCGCAACAACAGCCACAACAGCAACAACAACAGCAGCAGCCUUACAAUAUGGGCAACUACAAUGCCUAUGGUCCGCCCAUGGGCGGCGGCGGCGGUGGCGGUUAUCCUGGCCAAAUCAAUCCCUGGGCCAAUAAUGGACCGCCACAACCGCCGUAUAAUAAUCUGCCCCAGAACUAUAUGGCCCAACAGCAGCCGCAACAGCCGCCGCACUACAACAACGUGUACGGCAACCAUCAAUAAAUGGGCAAUUUUCUACUAGAAACAAA